AGUCCUUGAGUUUUUCUUCUUCUUUCUUGUUAGUACAGCAUAAUAAUGGGUGAAAAUUACAAGGUUUACUCAUCUAGUUAUAUGAUAUUAAAACCUGAAGAAGCGAAAGUGGUGGACCUCAUUUCAGUCUUGGUUUCAAGUAACUUGGAGAAGAGGGAGUUUGUGGAGAGUUCAGGUAACAGAGAUGUAAGUUUCAGGCGGAGAUGGAUGAUAUUCAUCUCGGUUGUGUUGCAGAAGUUGCUCAUCUUCAUUUCCAGGCCAAUGGCAUGGAUGGGAGCAUUGAUCGAGAUGUGGCUCAACUUUCUCUCUAACAAUCCCACCCUUUUUGUUUUCAUCAUCAAUCUCCUUAAAGGGACUUUGAUACCGGAUAGAGAUUCAGCAGCAUUCAUCUCUUGCGUUGGACAUAUAGAUAAAAGAAAGGAGCUAGAUAGGAACAUCAAACCUAGAGACGAAUGCAAGUAUUAUUCCGCACUGUCUAUGAUGGCUUCCAAAGUAGCAUAUGAGAACAAAGCCUACAUUGAAACUAUUGUCAAGGAUCAUUGGAAGAUGGAGUACUUGGGAUUUUAUAAAUGCUGGAAUGAUUUCCAAGGAAAAGCCACAACUGAACUCUUUUUUCUUCGCGAUAAAAGCGAUGACCACGAUACUGUUGUUGUUACCUUUAGGGGAACAGAGCCAUUUGAUGCUGAUGCAUGGUGUACAGACAUCGAUCUCUCUUAUCACAAGGUUCCCAACAUUGGACAUGUCCAUCGCGGUUUCAUGAAAGCCCUAGGGAUGCAAAAGGAUGGUGACGGAUGGCCAGUUGAAUGCAAAAAGGACGAAACCAGGAAACAACCCUUGGCUUACUAUCACAUAAGAGACAAGUUAAAGGCACUAUUGAGCGAAAGUGAGAAAACAAAAUAUAUAAUGACAGGCCACAGUUUGGGUGGGGCGUUAGCAAUUCUAUUUCCUGCAAUUUUGUUAUACCAUGAUGAGAAAUUGUUGUUGAAGAGAUUGGAAGGGGUUUACACGUAUGGUCAACCCAGGGUUGGAGAUGAGGAAUUUUGCAAGUUCAUGGAGAACAAGCUGGAAGAGCACAAAAUUCCAUAUUUCAGGUUUGUUUACUGUAACGAUAUGGUCCCAAGGCUGCCUUACGAUGACAAAGAGCAUUGGUACAAGCACUUUGGCACCUGUCUCUAUUAUAACAGACACUAUGAUGGAAAGUUUGUUCAUGUAUUACCAAACAAGAACUAUUUCUCGGUACUACACGCAGUGCCGAUGAGGAUAAACUCUGUCUUUGAGUUGAUAAGAAGCUUCACAAUACAUUAUUCAAAGGGACCAGGUUACAAAGAAGGGUGGUUCUUAAGGGUUUCUAGAAUGAUUUGAUUGGUGAUCCCAGGAGUUUCAGCUCAUUCACCUCAAGAUUAUGUUAACUCUACUCGUCUUGGGUCAUCCGAAAUUUUUCUUCCACCUGAAGACAUGUAGACUUAUAAAUUU